UGUCCCUCAGACACAGCGGAUCACCGAUCCAUUGAAAGAGCCGAAGAUGUCGACUCGGUCAUGUGAUCAGCUGUGUCCAAUCACAGCUGAUCACAUAGCACUGAUGAUCAGUGUGCCCUGAUGAUCUGUGUAGCCCCAGCAGCGCUACCUGUCAGUGUCCAGUGCCAGCUCUCAGUGCUCAUCCAUGCCACCUGCCAGUGCCACAUCAGUGCCACAUUUUAGUGCCACAUAUCAGUGCCCAUCUGAGCUGCCUUUCAGUGUCACCCAUCAGUGCCACCUAUCAGUGCUGCCUAUCAGUGCUGUCAAUCAGUGCCACCCACCAGUGCCAGUCAGUGCGGCCUAUCAGUGC